AAAUCACACUAAAUAAUAAUAAUGGGGCAAAAGGUGUCUCGCACUGAUUUUGAAUGGGUUUACACGGAAGAGCCGCACGCAUCACGCCGCAAAUUGAUAUUAGAAAAAUAUCCGCAAAUAAAAAAGUUAUUUGGUUAUGAUCCGAACUUUAAAUGGGUAGCCGGCUCUAUGGUAUUAAUACAAAUUCUAGUCCUAUUUGUCAUUAAAAAUUUGUCCUGGCCCAUGUUACUGGCGGCUGCAUACUGUUUUGGUGGCAUACUUAAUCACUCGCUUAUGCUGGCAGUGCACGAAAUAUCGCACAAUUUGGCAUUUGGACACAGCCGCCCGAUGCACAAUCGCAUAUUGGGCUUUAUUUGCAAUCUACCGAUCGGACUUCCUAUGUCAAUAUCUUUCAAGAAGUAUCAUUUGGAGCAUCAUAGAUAUCAAGGUGACGAAGUGCUGGAUACUGAUAUUCCUACAUUGCUUGAGGCUAAAUUAUUUGACACAGUAUUCGGGAAAUUUCUCUGGGUGUGUUUACAACCAUUUUUUUAUAUAUUUAGACCAUUGAUAAUAAACCCAAAACCUCCAACGCGACUUGAGAUUGUUAAUACAAUUGUACAAUUGACUUUUAAUACUGUGGUUGUAUACUUUUUUGGUUGGAAAGCAAUGGCAUAUUUGGUACUUGGUUCCAUAUUGGCUAUGGGUUUACAUCCUGUGGCUGGGCAUUUCAUAUCUGAACAUUAUAUGUUUGCCAAAGGUUUUGAAACGUAUUCCUAUUAUGGUCCAUUAAACUGGAUAACUUUCAACGUUGGCUAUCAUAAUGAGCAUCAUGAUUUUCCAGCUGUGCCUGGUUCGCGACUACCAAAAAUCAGAGAAAUUGCACCAGAGUUCUACGAAUCAAUGCCACAGCAUACGAGUUGGACACGCGUUUUGUAUGAUUUUAUAACUGACCCAGCAGUCGGGCCAUACGCACGAGUUAAACGGCGGCAGCGUGGAUUGAAGACAUAAAGCUUAAUUCUGAGAAAAUAAUUUCCUUCGUAUAUUUGAGUUUCAUAAUUUUAAUUUAUUUAAACACAUUAAAUUAAAAAAAUUAAGUUAUUUUGCUUUUGGCUUCAAUUCAAAAAAAUAUUUGUUUUUUUAUUAAUGCCAAUGCUAAUUUUAAAAUUGUUAGAUAUUUAUUGAAAGAAUUUCAUCACUGUAUUGCUAUAUGUAAUUAUUAAUUUUAUUUUAAGCAACUUUACUUUUGCAUUGUAAACUUAAUGAAGCAAAAUUAACUGUGUUAUUUAAAUGUAUUUGAUUCUAAAGCUUCAUUUUAAGAAAUUUAUUAUAUAUAUAUAUAUAUAUAUAUAUAUAUAUAUGAAACAAUGCACUACUACACAGACUGGUUCAAUAGACGUAAACUUUACCAGUUUAAUUGCCGUUCCUACUAAUACGACACUAGCCGCAUAACUUAUCCGAAAGAUGCGCCUAGCUUAAAACGAUAUAUUUUAUAUACAUUUUUUAUAUAAUGGCAAAUAUAUAAAAUAGUAGUUCAUUAAAAUCGUAUCGGUCCUACUUUUUAAAAAUAUAUUUUGUGCCUAUUAUUUGAUAUUCAAUAUUUUCAUGUACUUUUUAAUGAGAAUAUACAUUGUUUAAUGUAGAAAUAAUAAUAAAUAAAUAAAUACAAAUUUACAGUAAAAAUAUAUUUAAGAAACUAAUGAGCUA